CACCAGAGGAAUUAAUAGGUUAAAUCGAUCGAGCAAUCCGAUCAUUGGCGCGUUUGAACACGUACCAAUACGGAGUCGGGCAGAUUGAAUAAAAGGACAAGCCAGCGAUUGGCUACAACGAUUUGCACAAUAAUCGGGGCCCAACAUCAAUAUUUUUGCAACUCAAGCCUGCAAACGUCUUGUCUGUACCAUUAUUGUAACGCUUCAAGGCUUUUCUGCCCAUAUCUCUUCAUUGCUGCCAACUCCCGCGUGGCGCAUCAGCCAUUUCAGCCGGGAAUAAAAAUAGGAGAGGAUCAGCAGCACCUGAGAAAAAAAAGCCAUCUGAACACCAUGAGCGCAGCGAUUGCUAUGGCCCCUUCCCCGGCUCCUCACGACAGACCGGCUUAUGCUGAGCUGGCGCCUGCCACCAGCACUGCAGGUACUAGCUCAACUUUUACUGGAAUUGCCGCAACGGCGGCUUCAUCUUCUGUCCCACGUACUUCGGCUAUAGUUUCGGGCACUCCGAACACAAAUGCUUCUGCUUCUGCAACGCAACGUCCUGCCAGCCGAAGUCCCCCUAGAGCCGCUACCCAGACCGCGGUAAAGUCUUCUCCGCCAAGCGCUACGCGAAAUGUGCCAGGCACCACUGGACCUAAAAUCAUUGUAAAGAAGGAGCCAGGAUCUCCCGAUAUACCAGCCGGUCGUCAUCGCCCAAGAAGGUUGGAUCUCUCAAAGAGUCUUACCGGGUCGGGCGCCGCCACGGCACGUCCUGCGCUAGGGAGGGAAGGACUUGGUAUCCAAGAAGUGGGUAUCGCAUGCCUAUCACCAGGCUUCGUCACUCAAGAUCCAGUCAUGAAGGAACACCUACAACAGAGUAUGAAUGUUAGAGAACAGCAACGCCGUAUCAUCGAAGCUAGACUACAGCAACAAUCAGCGAAGGGCGACGGUCCCGACAAUGGCAAGGAGAAGGAUCCCGUAAGCCAGUUUGCCGCAAAGACCCCAGGGAUGUCUCGACGCAACAAAGCCCCUCCGGGGUUAAGCAUUGUAGCACCAUCGCAUGAGCAGUUCGCUCAUGAGCGAGUGAUCCAAUCUGCACCAUUGGGUCAAACCUUUACCGGGCGCCAUAACCCGCAGCCUCUAACUAGACAUCUUGCUAAUCAUCCGUCGAACCUAUCCAGUACGUCUCAUAUCCACCAUGUACCCGCAAACCAAACAGCAAAUCGUCUGCCUCCAAUCUCCGAUGUAUUCGGCGGCCAGGGACUUCCUUCGCACGCAGAAUCAAGUGCGCGAGCCUUCUACCCUGGUUCGAGCCAUGGCCCAUUAGCUUCGCCUGGUCACCCGCCGGCAAUUCCUUCGCAGCCCCCCAUGUCAGGCCGAGGUCGGGAAUAUAAGUCGGCCGAGGAAGUACAACAUGAACUAGCCGGUGGACGGCCCGAGCUGUUACCUAAACUUGUCCACUAUACCGGACAUCAACCCCCGACCCCUCCAUCACCCAGAAACGGGGUUAACCCCUCAGAUACGGGCCGGAGUACCAGUAGGCGAAGGACCCGUGCUGAAUACGAAGAAGGCAGUAGCCCUCCGCUUGGCCAUGGACCUCCACCCACUCGAAGAGGCCCCUUCGGCGCUGGACGGGAUAGCCCCGAAACUCAGCGGCAGAAGCGCGAAGAGUUUUUGAAGCUUUGCGAGAGAGCUUGGGACCUGUUCCACUCGUGAACGUCCUGCGGCGAUCUUGCUAAGGCGGAUCGAACUGAUACUUACAAUUUCAUGACUUAACGCCACAGUACGAAGUACAUAUGGCCCUGUCUCCGUGUAUACAUGCUCCAAUAUGGUUUUUGGGAAGGGUCAAUAUGCAUUUGUUGAUGAGCCGUGUCAAAUUUGGACGGACUAUACCCGCUUCUGUAUUACGCAUAUGAUUCUAUCUUCAUAACAUUAACCCAUCAUCUAAGUGAUACCGGGUAUGGGAUCGGGGGAUAUAAUAUCUUAAAACUAGGUACACCGUUCUGAGACGGCGUCGGUGAAUACGGAAGCCACGGGCCAUCAUACUUGGCCUACCGGGAUGCUAGGAUCCGGAGCACGACUGCACUGGGGCUUCUUGUCCGGAUAUAUUGAUACCUAGCGCUGAUACUGGUUGGUAGGAAAAAGAGGAUUCGGAGUAUUUCCUUUUGUUGCUUUCUGG